AUGGCAAUGGUACCGAUGUAUUUAUUAGAGUUAUCACCUGCCAGUAAAAGUGGUUUAUUUGGUGUGAUGUUUACAGUAGGUUUGAACUUUGGUGUGGUGUUGUCGCAGUUUUUAGGCCUGGGAAAUAUCUUAGGUAAUGAAUCAUCGUGGCAUUACUUAUUUAGUCUUUAUGGAGGUUUGGUAUUAUUAGCACUUCCUACUUUAAAAUGUAUUCCCGAGAGUCCUAAAUACUUGUAUACUGUACGCAAUGAACACAGCAAAGCAUUAUCAGAACUAAGCAAUUUAAGAGGAAUGCCAAUAUCUGACAUAAGCUGGGAAUUAGAAAAUUUACUCGUUUCUUCUGAAAGGUGGACCCUGAGAAAAGUUAUCAAUGAACCUUCUAGCCGUAAAGCCAUAAUAAUCACCUGCAUAAUAAUGUUGGGUCAACAACUGUCUGGAAUUAAUGCAGUGUUUUAUUAUUCUACGUCAAUAUUCAGAAAUGCAGGAAUGAGCACAGCUGGUGCUCAAUAUGGAAAUCUAGGCGCAGGAGUAAUAAACUUCAUUGUAACUAUUUUAUCAACUACAUUUAUUGACAAUUUUGGACGAAAAACAUUGCUAUUAUUUAGCAGCACUAUUUGUGUAUUAAUGCUCACAGCGUUAAUGAUUUCAAUGAUCUUAUCUUCUAUUGGUACAAUACCAGGAAUAUCUUAUUUGUUGAUAGUAUUUGUUAUUGGUUACGUUUUAUUCUAUGGAUUUGGAUUAGGUCCAAUCCCAUUUUUUAUUGGAUCAGAACUAACCGAUGUUGGACCCAGGCCUAUUAUCAUGUCAGCAAUGAGUGUUGCUAAUUGGUCCGGAAAUUUUUUGGUUGGACUUACAUUUCCUUUCGUCAACCUUGUUCUCAAACAAUACUCUUUUCUUCCAUUCAUCGUGUUCACCAUUUUUUUAAUCAUAUUUACAUGGAAAGUGGUUCCAGAAACCAAGCAAUCUCUCAGCCAACAGAGUGCCGAUAGUGAAUAA